UUGUACUUUAGAACCACCACUGCUCCCAGUAAGUCUCCAGUUUCCAUUUCCUGUGAACUGUCUGAUGAACAGGUUGUAGAUUUUCUUGAAUUAUUUUUACUCAGAUGGGUUCGGGUGAAUUAGCUGAGCAGUCAGCUGAUUUAAAUCCUUUAACUUUCGCCUUUAAUCUGCAGUAAUUAAAUGUUAUGUUGAUGAGGAAAAUGGGAGGAAACGCAGAUUCAGUGUGAACUAAAUAAUUCUGAUCUUAGCUUUAAAAAGAGUUUCAAAAUUUGUAUUUAAAAUGUUAGAAAGAAAGAAAUGUUUCUGGUUCUAUCUGGUGCUGACCAGCUUCGUCCUCUAGGUGGCGGUAUGAGCCUUCAUUUUCUUAUUCUUUAUGCAAUCUGCGGGUUUAUCAAGGUUACUUUUUUUUUCAUGCAUUCAGGUAUUUUUCAGGGACAAUCAGAGCAGGAAGACACGGAUCAGGAUUAUGAUUCAAAUCACAAAACUUAAAUAAAAGUUGAUCAAACUGCGAUGAAAACGGAUUGAUAUUGAAACAAGAUGCUGCUGAUGAUGAUGAUGCUGAUGAAUAAAUCAAAAGGAGCUCAUUCAUCUUUCUGCAGAGGGAGUGAUGGCGGUUAUGUAACGCCCCGCCCCCACCUGUUACCAGAGACUCGGAGCUUCUUGUGAAGCCGAGAGUUGGCAGAACCGGUACCGAACUCGGCCCGGUUCCUGCAGAAUCUUCUGCACAGUUGGUGAGGAGGAGAGAUUCCCGCCUCCGCAGCUCGGUGGGGAGGAAGAGGAGCGAUGAAGGCCGGUUCUUCUCAGCUCUUUAUUCCGGAUAAUAAUCAGUAAAAUGCGUCGCCUGGGAAACCAGCCUGAACUUUAACCUUCACAGCGCAGCAGGCUGAACCACCACGGUGAAGAUGAGGAUGAUGAUGGAGAACAGAAACUUUAAUUAGUGAAAAAUAUCGACUGACUCAGUUUUCUGAUAAAUAUGGAGAUAAAUUUGUUCCAAUAUUAUUGCCACAAAGAGCCUGUUUAAAAAUGGAUUUCAAAAAAGAAUUUUUGAAAAAAAUCAAUCAAAUUUCACAUAUUGAGUGAAAUUAAAACUUAUAUUUAUGCAGUUUAUUUUUUCAGAUUUUUUGAAGGAGUUUUAUGAAUUUCAUCCUUUUCUACGGAAGCCUGUUUCCGCUAAAAAUAAUCUCAUUAUAUUGAGAUCAAUGAGCUACUAUCUCAUUAUGAGGUGCCAUAAUAAUAAUAAUAUCUCAUUAUAAUGAGGCUUUUUUUAGUCAGAGUGGUAGAAACGGGAUUCCAUACUUUUCCAAUUUCGUUUUACAGAUUCUGUUCCUGACUUUGGGGGCGGGACUUCCGGGAAUUCAUCUGAUCAGAUGUUAGUAACAGGCGUUUCAAUUGGUCAGCUUGGACACGAAGAUACGAAGUUCUUUUUCUGAUCGUUCAUUCGCCUCUGAAAGUUUAUUUUUCACUGAAUCUAUGGAACAAAUUUCUCUCCAUAAAGAUUCAACAUUUAUUUUAUCUUCUGAUAAACUAUCUAAACAUCAUUCAGAGAAAAUGACCAUAAACUUUAACAGUUUCCUCCAAGAUCAAACUGAGCUGGAAAGGAAGUCAACUUUCUUUAUGCUGCACCUUUUACACGUCAGAGAACACAAAGUGAUUUACAAAAUAUGACGUAUAAACCCACAGAGGAUAACACAGCAGAUAUGUGACAUAAAACAAUAACAAACUAAAUUAAAGUGAAUCUGAUCAAUUAUCUUCUGCUGCUUUUUAACAGAAACAUUUUUAUUCCAAAGAGCAGAGCUGACCUUCACUCUGAAGCAAAGUUAUGAUCAGUUCUCAUAUUUCCGGAUGGAUGAAAGUCAAUCAUUUUCAUUCUCCAGUAAAAGUAGAGCUGCUGCAGCAGCUGCAGCAGCUUCUCCUUCUCCUGUUUUCCACUGAUGAGGCGGACUGAGUGACAGCCGCUCCGCUGCAGGCAGUGAAGGGUUAAUCCCAGCUCUGCGUAGGAGAGCGCGUGCCAAACGGAACAAAACCCAAAGCGCCAUCUGUCCCACACACACUUGGUUCUGGCGCCGCGUAUUACGCACAGCAGCGCCGCACCGGGCUGCGGGAAGCUGCGGGAAGCUGCGGGUGAUCAGCUCCACUCAGAUUUGAUCAGGUUCGGAGUUUGAUCAGGUUCGGUGGUCCUGCUGCGCUCCUCGCUGGCGCGUGAAGGGAACCAGAGGAAGGAUGGAGAACUCCUCCUCGUCCCCUCCGGACCUGGACCAGAACCAGAACCGGACCUGGACGGACCACAGCGUCCAGUACAAAGUUGUGAGCAGCCUGCUGCUGCUCCUCAUCUGCGCGCUGGGCAUCGUGGGGAACGUGAUGGUGAUCCUGGUGGUGCUCAUCACCCGGCACAUGCGCACUCCGACCAACUGCUACCUGGUGAGCCUGGCGGUGGCCGACCUGAUGGUCCUGACGGCCGCCGGGCUGCCCGCCAUCCCGGACAGCCUGUUCGCCUCCUGGGUGUUCGGCCGCUGCGGCUGCCUGCUCAUCACCUACCUGCAGUACCUGGGCAUCAACGCGUCCUCGUGCUCCAUCACCGCCUUCACCAUCGAGCGCUACAUCGCCAUCUGCCACCCGAUCAAGGCCCAGUUCCUGUGCACGCUGUCCCGGGCCAGGAGGAUCAUCCUGCUGGUUUGGGUCUGCACCUCCAUCUACUGCGUCAUGUGGUUCUAUCUGUCCGACAUCGAGCUGCAGGUGUUCGCCAACGUCACCGUCGUCACGUGCGGCUACAGGGUCCCCAGGAAGUUCUACCUGCCCAUUUACUUCUUCGACUUCAGCGUCUUCUUCGUGCUGCCGCUGCUGCUGUCCGCGGUUCUGUACGGCCUGAUCGCCAGAAUCCUGUUCCUCAACCCGCUGCCCUCUGACCCCAAAGGCCGGGGGAAGCGCGAGGCGGCCUCCGCCAGCAACGACCAGCGCAGCAGCUGCAAGAAUGCGCGACACUCCAGCUCCACCGCGACGUCGCGCAGACAGGUGACCAAGAUGCUGGCGGUGGUGGUGAUCCUUUUCGCCGUGCUCUGGAUGCCGUACCGCACCCUGGUGGUGGUCAACUCCUUCCUGGACCAGCCCUACCUGGACAACUGGUUCCUCCUUUUCUGCAAGAUCUGCAUCUACCUGAACAGCGCCAUCAACCCCGUCAUCUACAACGCCAUGUCUCAGAAGUUUCGCGCCGCUUUCCGUAAGAUCUGCCGCUGCGGGGCGAAGGGCUCAGACAAAGCGGCGGCGUACAGCGUGGCGCUCACCUACAGCGCCGUCAAAGACACUUCGCUGGUGGAAAGCACAGAUCACUUCACCACAGAGCUGGAGGAGCUCACGGUCACAGACGAGCUGCUGGCGGACCAGAAGGUCACAUUCUCCGACUCAUGUGGAUGUGCAAAGGUGAACUUCAGUCAAGACUGGUUGGAGGCCAGCGAGGCGACUGGUGAGUCUCCUGAGGACUAAAGACCUCCAAUGUGUUGCCUAAUGGACUCCCUUAAGUGGGAAUAUUGUUUCCUGAGUGCCUGCUGACCUUUUUAAAGCCAGGCUGCUGCAGGUAGAGAUGUAAACACAGAUUACAGCCAGUGGAGCGCAAUGAGACCCUCUGAGGCUCAAAGCCAAACAUGCUGUUGGCCGAGAGCGAUGAGACGUCGUAAAGCCACAAACAACCCGACAGAUAAGCGCUGCCAUUACGCAGCUGUUAUCGUCAUAUGUGAGACCGGCCCACGCAAGGUGUUUGAGUCAACACGGCCAGACUGGGAGCAAAAACACCUUCCCCACUGCAAAUAUGUCCCAGCUCUCACAUUUAUGAUCUCUGCAGCUGAGACAGCAGCAAGUCACGCUCACGCCUUCACACGGCAUCCCACAUAAAAACAAGGAUCCUUCGUUUUCACCGGCAGGCUGCAGGAAAGCAGCGGCACCGCGGUUUGAGCCACGCGACCAAAACCCACGAGGGUCAGCACCAUUCAGAGGAGCCGGACAUCCAGCAGCUGGGGGUCCAAAGGAACCCCUCCGGUCCCCAGGCGCCAACUCUGACCUCCAGAGGUCCCAUCAGGAGAACUGGUUCUCCACGUACUGGAUGGGUUUCAUGGUCGGUCACAGCAGGGGCAGAACCAGCUGGUAUUUACCGAGCUGCACCAGAUUCAGAUGCUCCUGUUCAAUGAAGCAUUUGCUGCGAUUAUUGUGAUUAUUUGUAUUUCUGAAGCUGCUUUUCAUGAUCAUUAUUAUCACAGAUUUAGAAACGUUGCUUUGUGUCGUGAUUUUGUAAAGUUCUGCUUUUCUUACCUUAUUGUAAUAAUGGAUUGAUCCUAAAUUAAUUUGUACAUUUCAUCUUCAUACUUGAAAUAAAGUUUUUGAACGCAGA